AUGUCGACAUUCAAGUACCAUUCUCUCUCCGGCUUCGGGGAACAAUGCCGUGACAAGUACGGCUUCAGUGACUCCUGUAUCAUAGGCGACAGAAUGAUAGUUACAGGCCAAACUGGAAUUGAUCCCUUGACUCUGAAAACCUCCCCCAUUUUUGAGGAAGAAGUCACCCAAGCAUUUCAAAACAUCAACGAUCUCAUCCUUCUUACACUCAAGAAAGAAGGCCGCACCAUUGACGAAGGGAAAACGGGCUGGGAUUAUGUCGUCAAACUACAUGCAUAUCUAGUCGAUUUGUCUACCAUGCGGGAUCAGGCCAGGGAGACGAUGAUGCGUCACAUUAAAAGGUUUUGCCCGAAUCAUCAACCAUUGUUUACCAUGGUGGGUGUGGAGAGCUUGCCAUUUUCCGAACAUCGUAUUGAGCUUGAGGUUGAUAUCUGGUUGAAAUGA